AUGGCCCAGUUCGGUUCAUGGGUACUCGUUGCCCUUUCUGUUUUGAGCUGGGGAGUUCAAUUUGGUUUCUUGGGUGUACAUGACGGAAGCAAACAUCAAGCAGCUUUCGCAUUGAGUAUACUUUCUGCUUUAGGGUAUCAAGGAUGUCAAUCAUUUUGGACUGCGAUGUUUCCACGGUUGGCAAGAAAUUUGCCCAAGACAAGAGCCGCUGAAGAAAAAAUGCUUAACGGUUCAAUCCUGGAAUCUGAAUACCAUAAGGUGGACUCAUACUAUCGUAACAAAAUCACAAACUACAGUCUUGCUUUUUCCAUGUUGGGUUUCACCCUCGUGAGUGCCAUUUCUGUUGGAAUCUUAAAGUCGUUGGAUUCUACUGCCAAUCAAGCAAAUAAUAAUUGGGCUAUGUCUGUGUGUAUAAUGUUUGCAACCGUUUGGUGGAUGGUGUUUGGUAUUCCGUGGUUUUUCGCCGAAAAGAAAAGAGUCAAUGAAAAGUUACCUGAAGGUGUGAGCUACUUGAGCUUGCCAUUCAAACAAUUGGGAUAUGCAUUCAAGAGCUUUCUGAAAUUGAAGCAAACUGCGUUAUACUUGUUCUCUUACUGGAUGUUAGGUGACGGUUUGAAUACUGCUAUUAGUCUUCAAUCAACUAUUCAAAACGAAGUGAUUUCUUACGAUAUGGUCACUUCCAUGUAUUUGAAUAUGAUCAAUGGUGGUACCAAUAUUUUAGGUACGAUAUUGUUUUGGUGGUUCCAGAAAACUUUUAAAGUCUCCACAAGAAACAUGUACAUUAUUUGUUCCGUUUUCAUCACUUUGUUCCCAAUUUAUGGAUUGAUUGGAACGUGGACAAACAAGAUUGGUUUCCACAACAUAUGGGAAGUUUGGUUUUAUAACGCUUACUUUGGUAUAUUCAUUGGUCCCUAUUAUGCAUACUCAUCUACGAUGAUGAGUGAAGUUUGUCCAAGAGGUAAAGAAUUUGUGUUUUUUGCUAUUUUUAGCACCAUUAACAAGACUUCCAGCUUCAUUGGACCUUUUGUUUCUUCCGCCAUCAUUGACGACACAGGAAAUAAUAAUAGUGGAUUUUCAUUCCUAGUGGCCCUUUGCUGUGUGUCAUUGGCAUCUUCAUUUUUCUUGAACGAAGACAAUGCAAGAGUUCAAGCUGAGGAGUUCUUACUUGAAGAGAAAAAGCGCAUAGCGAAUGGUGAAUCGCUCGUGUUCUGA